GCCGCCUGGGUGAAAACCAGGAAUCCUAACCGCUAGACCAUAUGGGAGCUGUACCCUAUACAUGGCAACAACUAUAUACUACAAAAUAGGCAAUAGGCAAUAAUAUGACAGGUAUGACGAUCUAUUAUCUAUCUACUAAUCUACAGCUCGCCCUACGGACCAUGCAUGUCUUACAAUCAUUCUGUGUGACAGUCACAAGGAGUUAACAGAAAACGACCCUCAAGCAGGUGAUGGAGUCCACUUCAAAGCACCACGUCGCCCACCCCUUUUGGCCACGGGACUUGUCCAUCCCCAACUAUGUGCCAAACGACCGGUCCAUGUCGGAGAUCCUGACCUUCCUAUUCUCCGUCUCCGGCGUCUUCCUCCUGGCCACCUGGGGGAUCACUGGUCGUGAGAACGCCUCCGGCAGACUGGGAGUUUGGAGGCGCCUGGCUGUGUGUUGGUUCGCGGUGUGCGGCUUCAUACACGGGGUCAUAGAGGGAUGGUUCUCCCUGUAUUACGAAGUGAUCCCGGCCGACCAGAGCUUCCUAUCACAGCUCUGGAAAGAAUACUCCAAGGGUGACAGCCGAUAUGCUAUAGCUGAUAACUUCACCGUGUGUAUGGAGACCAUAACAGCCUGGCUGUGGGGACCCUUCAGCUUCUGGGCAGUGUACGCUUUCCUGACCAACAAGCCCUACAGAUUUGUCCUGCAACUGAUCAUUUCAUUAGGCCAGCUGUAUGGAGCUGUGCUGUACUUCUACACUGAGCACCGGGAUGGAUAUGCUCACAGUGAGAUGGGACACCCCAUCUACUUCUGGUUCUACUUUGUGUUCUUGAACGCGCUGUGGGUCAUCAUCCCCCUGGUACUCAUUGUGGACGCUUGGGGACAGCUUUCAGGGGCCCAGGCUCUCAAAGACAACGCUCGGAGCCACAAGUCUAAGAGGACCUAAACUCUCUGAUCUGCUAGGGACUUCUAUUGAGUGUGGGGUGUGUGCGGAUUAGUGGACAUUGACGCAGGGAAUAUUUAAACGAAGCGAUUGACAAGAUGGAAUUGUAUGUGUGAAUGGACGAUACAAUGCACACGUAAUUGUUUCUAUGUUUUUUAGUGCAAUUUGUUCUAUGGGGUCUGUUUUAAAAUGUCAAUAUACAUGUGUUUCAAUUAAACAUUGUAAUUUGUA